UGGGGUCUGUUAGGAUCCAUCUCAUUCCAUCCCUGACAUCCGAGGCCAAGCUGUAAUGUAGCGUUCUGCUGCUCCAGGCCGGAAGGACCCCCUUAGCGCCCCACGUUCUGGGUUCCUUAAACAUCCAGCCUUCUCAGGAGCCUCGGAAGACUUACGUUUGAUGUUCCGAGACCCCUUCUCGUUCUAGCUUUCUCUCGCCACCUUUUGGGCCCCUCCAACAGCUCCAAAGUUGUGUCCUCCGUUCUAAGGCUCCCUCCAGCGCUAAGCUGUUACUGAGACAUUCCCUGCCUAGGAUAUCUGUGUACCUGUAGUCAAGACUGCCCUUUCUCACAUCCCCGCCUCCACCGGGCCUAGUUUGUCUUCCCAGACUGCCUCAGUGACCCUCACACGCCCCUCUUCCCCUCCUCCGCUCCAAUUCCUUUACCAUGAACAGGACCCCCCUGAAGCGCUCCAGGAUCCUGAGGAUGGCGCUUUCAGGGGCCUUGGAUCCCCCGGCAGCGGAGGGAGAGCCAGGCCAUGAGAAGCCAUUUUUGCUGAAGGCAAUACAGAUCGCCUUGGUGGUGUCGCUUUAUUGGUUCAUCUCCAUCUCCAUGGUCUUCCUGAACAAAUACCUGCUGGACAGCCCCUCACUGCGCCUGGAUGCCCCACUCUUUGUCACCUUCUACCAGUGCCUGGUCACCGCCCUCCUGUGCAAGGCCCUCAGCCUGCUGGCCAGCUGCUGGCCUGGCACCGUGGACUUCCCCUCCGUGCGGAUGGACCUGAAGGUCUCCAGGAGCAUUCUGCCCCUCUCUGUGGUCUUUAUUGGCAUGAUCACCUUCAACAACCUGUGUCUGAAGUACGUGGGGGUGGCCUUCUACAAUGUGGGCCGCUCCCUCACCACCGUCUUCAAUGUCUUGCUGUCCUACCUGCUACUCAAACAGGCCACAUCUUUCUAUGCCCUGCUUACCUGCGGCAUCAUCAUAGGUGGCUUCUGGCUCGGCGUGGACCAGGAGGGAGAAGAGGGCACCCUGUCGUGGGUGGGCACCGUGUUCGGGGUGCUGGCCAGCCUCUGCGUGUCCCUCAACGCCAUCUACACCAAGAAGGUGCUGCCCGCCGUGGAGGGCAGCAUCUGGCGGCUGACCUUCUACAACAACGUCAACGCGUGCGUGCUCUUCGUGCCGCUGCUGCUGGUGUUCGGGGAGCUGCAGAGCUUGGCCGCCUUCGACAGGCUGGACAGCGCCCACUUCUGGGGCGUCAUGACGCUGGGGGGGCUCUUCGGCUUCGCCAUCGGCUACGUGACGGGCCUGCAGAUCAAGUUCACCAGCCCCCUGACCCACAACGUGUCCGGCACGGCCAAAGCCUGCGCCCAGACCGUCCUGGCCGUCCUCUACUUCGACGAGACCAAGAGUUUCCUGUGGUGGACGAGCAACCUGAUGGUGCUGGGCGGCUCGUCGGCGUACACGUGGGUGAAGGGGCUGGAGAUGAAGAAGGCGCAGGAGGAGCCGAGCCCCAAGGAGGCCGAGGACGGGAUGGGGGUGUGA